AUGAGGAAGUAUAUAGUAUAGUGGUGCCAUAAGGGUGAUAGCGAUAAAAGUGUACUGCGAGUAUUGCACUCAAAAGUUCAUCUGUUUGCAGAAUUAUUGGUGUUAUUAUUAAGAUGCAAAUCUGGAAUCUUUUUUUUCACGUGAUAAUAGCUUUAAGCCAUUUUUCAGCCUGGGCAAAGCGCGAUGAUGAGGACUGGGUGAAACUGCCAGAUAAAUGUGAAGUAUGUAAAUUUAUGGCUACAGAGCUCAAGAAUGCUUUUGAUGAGACUGGAAAAACCAAAGAAGUGAUAGAUACCAAGUACGGAUUCAUGGAUGGGAGUAAAGGCUCCAAAAUAAAGUAUACAACAUCAGACCUCAGGCUAAUAGAAGUCACUGAGACAAUCUGCAAACGAUUAUUGGAUUACAACCUACACAAAGAACGACCAGGAAGCACAAGGUUUGCAAAGGGGAUGCCUGAAACAUUCCAGACGUUACAUAACCUGGUCCAUAAGGGAGUAAAAGUUGUGAUGGAUAUUCCCUAUGAACUGUGGAAUGAAACUUCAGCAGAGGUGGCAGAUCUCAAGAAACAGUGUGAUGUCAUGGUUGAAGAAUAUGAAGAUGUUAUAGAAGACUGGUAUAAAAAUCAUCAGAAGGAGGACUUAAUUACUUUCCUUUGUGAAAAACAUGUAUUAAAAGAUAAAGAAAAAGAUUGCUUAAAGGAAGUUUGGACAAGCAGGAAAGGUGACACAGCCCUAUUGGAUGAAGAGAAAAAGAAGAAAAAAAAGGGCAAAAACAAGAAAGACCAUGCUGAUGAAGACAGGACAAAAAAGAUCAAGAAAGAAAAACAGAAGAGAGAAGAAGAAAGUGAGGAAGAACUGACAUCAGAUGAAGAAAGCAUUCAGCAGGAAGUUGUGACUGAAAAAACUGAACUUUAACAUUUGAACCAUAACUAUUUCUUUUCUUUCUCAGAACUAUUUCUCCAUGCUUAUUUAAACUCCUACAUCUUCAGUGCAUUCUUUCAGUACAUUUUUGUUAGGUUACAAAAUAGCUUUUUACUUUCUUGCUCAUUCUUUAUAUAACCUUUUUUCUGCUUUAUUAAUUUUCUCAUGUUUGAUUUAUCCUGUGCAGUGGCGUUGGUUCUGCUAUGCAUGUAUACUUUUUAUCUUUUCUAUUUCCAUUAUGUUCUGUCAGCGGUACAUGAGGCAAGUCACUAGACACCAUUCUGGCCAUCUAUAGUGACUAGUUCUGUAUGUACAUAUUUCAGGCAGCCAGCUGCUGCAGAAGAGCUGUGUGUGAGUGAGAAAGGAGUUGUUACACAGCUUAUAUCCUUUAAGGUAGAAGCUGCCCAAAUGAGAAUAAAUGUAUCGUGUUAAUUAACACAUUACAUAAAACUAAUGCAAAGUUAUGAAAUCUGAGGGACAGUCUAUCAGACAUGCCUGAAAUGGAAUUUGAUGACCCAUUAGGACAGAUUUUUUUGUAGUCUUUCAGUUUUUCAACUGUGCAGCUAUUGCAUAGUAUAUGAGUGGAGCUGUGCCCCCCCCCCCCCCCAA